CUGUAGUAUUUUGUUAUGGCAGCCCAAGACGACUACAACACCUACUAAGACUCCAACAUUUAACAGUGUUCAGUGGUACCAAGAGGUCAAGCAAGAUAAGAACUAAGAUGUUUACAAAGGGAUUUACCAACAAGGGGUUUGUUAGAGACCCAGGUGAGAGCAAUUUCGCUAGGUGGGUGGAGGAGGAAUAGGAAAUACACAUUAUCUAGAAGUGGAGCAGAAAUGCAAAGGAGAGAAAGGUGGUAACCAGAGCAGGAGGCCAGUUUUCUGGAACGGGAGGGAUCUGAGCAUAACUGUGGGUAAGUAGAAAAGAGCCCACUGAGUACCCCCUGGUCUACAAGAUGGCUUGGGUGGCUUACAAUAAAACACACCCAUUCACCCCACAGCCCCUCACAGCUCCUCCUCUCAAGUACCUCAGGCCAUUUCUCCUGCUCCUCCUUGUGCUACACCUGGAAACCUUGGCAGUCACUGGGGGUCACGGAAGACAAGGUAGUCAGGUCUAAACACUCUGACUCCUGGCCCCGCCUGCUUCAUCAGGACCCCAGGACCCCAAGAGAGCAGAACCCCUGGGGUCCAGGAAACAGCCAACGGAGGGUAGAGAGUCCUGAGUCAGGGACCUGGAUUUCAGUCCCGCCUCUGCCACCCCAUAAUCCGCCACCCCACAGCUGUGUGAUCCGGGGUGUCUUGCCUCAAUUUCCUCCCCGAAGUCUUGAGGGAUGCCCAGGAAAGAGAUCGCUUGAUUACGAAUGCAGGCUGCACCAAUGCACUACGGUGCGAUCGCGGCCUCCGUUUCCCCUUCUACGGGGCACUGUUUUAAGGGGUAACCGAGAAGAGCCGUGAGCUAACCCCUUGGCACACAGCAAGCGCUCGGCAGAUGCCAACAUCACGGUCUCCCGUCCUGCCCAGACAGCCUCCCGCCGCACAUCGCACCUUCCAGGGGGGCGGGAGGUCCCUGCGCUCCGGCGGGAGCCCCCUCUCCCGUCGCCAGGGCGCGGGCGGCCUGUCGCGACAGCGGCGGUGCAUUGUGGGGCUUGUAGUGUGGGCCGGAGCUGAGCGGGUGGGCGCGGCAGCGGCACUAGCAGCGGGGCCAUCUUCGGCCGGCCUCCUGGCUCGGCUUGUGCAGCUCGCAGCCGCGCCCCGCGCCCGGCCCCAUGGCGCCUCGGCCGCUGAGCCCCUUGGUGCUGGCGCUGGGCGGCGCCGCGGCCGUGCUGGGCUCGGUGCUCUUCAUCCUCUGGAAGGUCUACUUCGGCGGUGGACGCGAGCGGCGCUGGGACCGGGGCGAAGCCUGGUGGGGCGCGGAGGCUGCCCGCCUCCCCGAGUGGGACGAGUGGGACCCUGAGGACGAGGAGAACGAGGAGCCGGCGCUGGAGGAGUUGGAGCAACGCGAAGUGCUGGUGCUGGGGCUGGAUGGCUCCGGGAAGAGCACGUUCCUGCGUGUGCUGUCGGGGAAGCCACCGCUGGAAGGCCACGUCCCCACCUGGGGCUUCAACUCCGUGCGGCUGCCCACCAAGGACUUCGAGGUGGACCUGCUAGAGAUCGGUGGCAGCCAGAACCUGCGCUUCUACUGGAAGGAGUUUGUGAAUGAAGUGGACGUGCUGGUGUUCGUGGUGGACUCUGCUGACCGGCUCCGGCUGCCCUGGGCCCGGCAGGAGCUGCACAAGCUGCUAGACAAGGACCCUGACCUGCCUGUCAUUGUGGUGGCCAACAAGCAGGACCUGAGUGAGGCCGUGAGCACGGUGGAGCUGCAGCGGGAGCUGGGCCUGCAGGCUGUCGAUAGCCAGCGGGAGGUUUUCCUCUUGGCAGCCAGCAUUGCCCCUGCAGGACCCGGCUUUGAAGACCCUGGCACCGUGCACAUCUGGAGACUGCUCUUGGAGCUUCUCUCCUAGGCUGGUGCCCACCUGCUCACUGCCCAGUCCUGGAACCCCAGUUCUGCUGCUCCUGCUGCCUCAUUGCCCGCCUGGGCCUGGGCAGGAGCCACGUGGCAGCACUUCCCCUCUCCCCUCCUUGCCCUCUCAACAGCAGGGCCUGGGCAAGGCCAAGAACCACACAGAAGCCUUCCUGGUGAGGUG